AUGAACGAUCCCAAGAUUGAGGACCUUCGACUGCCUAUGGCUGUUCUUAGUCGUCUCAUGAAAGCUGUUCUUCCUGCUGGCGCUGCAUUGUCCAAGGAUGCACGAAUACAAAUGAUGCGAGCUUGUUCCGUCUUCAUAUUGUAUGUUCUAUCACAAGCAGAAGAACACGCAGCUUCGAAGAAAAGAAAAACAGUGAACGUCGAAGAUGUGAUGUUUGUUUUGAAAGCCAACGAAUUCGACACCAUUCACGACGCUAUGAGCAGUGCAUUCGAAGCGUACAAAGCCUCACGACCCGUCAAGAUCGGUAAAGCAAAAGGGCCCCGACGAGAUGAACGGCCUAGUGCUCCAAAUCCAAUCGAACGCCUAAAGGAUAUCGAAGUCGUAGAAGAAGGAAACCAGUGCGAAGGAUAUCGAAGACAUCAUGAAUAUUUAGUAGAUGGCUAUUUCCAUUUUGUAAGUUGUUCUGCUUCACCUCAACAGUGA